AUAAAAUUAAGAAGAACAAAACUCUCUAUAAUGGAGAUAUCGUCGAUUCUUAGUACAAACAGGUUUCAUUUUCAUCACCAUUUUAUCAUCCAUCCAUUACCCUCUUCUUUUCCCACAAUUCCUUCAAUAUCCUAUCCCACCCCAAGAGCCAGCUUCACUAAUCUCACCUCUGCACCACCACCAGCAACUCCCUUUAAAGAACCCAACCCCACUCGUCCUCACUCCAAGUCUUACUUAAAAAGACAAUCUGCUCUUCUUCAGCUCCAACAAUCUUCUAAUUUGAGCUCUUCACUUCAAGAACUCGGUGGGAUUUUAAAGCCGCAAGAUUUGAAUGUAGUUUUACGACAUUUCGGGAACUUGGGCAAAUGGCAUCAUCUUUCUCAGCUGUUUGAUUGGAUGCAACAGCAUGGGAAGACCAAUGGUUCAUCUUAUACCACUUAUAUGAAAGUUAUGGGGAAAAAACUCAGCCCUGUUAAAGCUUUGGCGAUUUACAAUGGUAUUCCUGAUAAACCAACCAAAGUUAAUGUGUUUAUAUGUAAUUCUCUUCUUAGUUGUUUGGUUAGGAAUGGGAAAUUCGAUAGUGGUAUCAAAUUGUUUGAUAAGAUGAAGCAGGAGGGUCUAACCCCAGAUUUGGUUACGUAUAACACGUUGCUGGCAGGUUGCAUAAGAAUAAAAAAUGGGCAUUAUAAGGCAUUAGAGUUGAUGAAGGAGUUGAAAUAUAAUGGUUUGGAAAUGGAUAAUGUGAUGUAUGGAACACUUUUGGCCGUUUGUGCUUCGAGUGGGCUUAGCGAAGAAGCUCAAAACUACUUCAACCAGAUGAGGGAUGAAGGCCUUUCACCUAAUUUAUAUCAUUACAGUUCUUUACUUAAUGCUUACUCUUAUGAUGGGAAUUAUCGUAAGUCCGAUGAGUUGAUGGAGGAAUUGAAAUCUUCAGGGUUAGCACCAAAUAAGGUUAUACUGACUACUUUGUUAAAGGUGUAUGUUCGAGGAGGCUUGUUUGAAAAAUCGAGAAAAUUAUUAUCUGAAUUGGAAGCUUUAGGUUAUGCUGAAGAUGAGAUGCCUUACUGUUUAUUGAUGGAUGGUCUUUCGAAAGCUGGGCGCCUUGAUGAAGCAAGAUCAGUUUUUGCUGAAAUGCAUGAAAAACGUGUCAAAUCCGAUGGAUACUCGCAUAGCAUCAUGAUCUCAGCUAUGUGUCGAAGCGAGCUUUUUGAAGAGGCAAAGAAGUUGGCUCAAGAUUUCGAGACCAAGUAUAACAAGUAUGACCUGGUUAUGUUAAAUACGAUGCUUUGUGCUUACUGUAGAGCAGGCGAUAUGGAGAGUGUAAUGCAAACAAUGAAGAAAAUGGAUGAACUUGCAAUCAGUCCGGAUUAUAGCACUUUUCAUAUCCUAAUAAAGUAUUUCUGUAAGGAGAAACUAUAUCUUCUUGCUUAUAAGAUCAUGCAGGACAUGCACGGUAAAGGAUAUCAUCCGGAGGAGGAACUUUGCUGCUCCUUAAUAUUUCAACUUGGUAAAAUGAAGGCUCAUUCUGAAGCAUUUUCGGUUUACAAUAUGUUGAGAUAUAGCAAAAGAACAAUGUGUAAAGCCCUUCAUGAGAAAAUUCUACAUAUUCUUAUAGCUGGAAAACUGUUCAAAGAUGCAUAUGUAGUUGUCAAGGAUAAUGCAGAACACAUCUCUCAGCCUGCUAUAAAGAAGUUCGCAAGUGCAUUCAUGAAGUUUGGUAAUAUCAACUUGAUAAAUGAUGUCCUGAAGGUUAUUCAUGGUUCUGGGUGCAAGAUUUAUCAGGGACUGUUUCAGACUGCUGUAUCCCGUUAUAUUGCUCAGCCCGAAAAAAAGGAAUUGCUCCUGCAGUUGCUGCAGUGGAUGCCAGGACAAGGAUAUGCUGUUGAUUCAACGACAAGAAACCUGAUUCUUAAGAACUCUGAGUUACUUGGACGCCAACUCACUGCAGAGAUAUUAUCCAAGCAACAUAUAAUGUCGAAAGGGUCACAGCCUAAACGUUAGAUCACGGAUGGGUCAGCAUUCAAUGGAGCAGUUUACAUUGAAUAGAAGAAUUCCAAUCAAAUAAUCUGGUUGCAGGGAAGACCUUUCGUCCAUGUAAAAAGCAUGUUUCAACCUCUUUUCUUGAGCUUCACUCAACAAACCAUUAGAUAAUACCUUGUGAAGUGAAGGUGGACAGGAUUCACUUCCCUCAGCUGAUUUCCGUAAAUUUUCACCUGGAAAUCGAUGCUUUGUAAAGUAGAAGCUUUGAAUGGGAACAACACAGUUUUUUCGAUAGGAGAGACAAGUUUUUGGGUUGGUUUCCGUUCAUGCAAUCAUUUUUAAAAAGUGAUAUUAAUAACUCCGCAACCUUCAUAAUUUUCACUCGCAAACAAGCUGCUUUAUAAUAUAUGUAAGUGCUUCUCUUUAUUCCUUCAACAAUAUUCUUCUUUUACAAGCAAGCGUUCUCUUUUUUUUUUUUUUUUCAUGAAUACGGCUCUUGGACCGACUCAAAGCUGAAGUACUGCAUGCUGAUCGCCUCGAACCACAGCUAAGACCUGCAAAAAUUUGCAGGAAACUCUUAAAAUCUGGGGAGUUCCAACUAGUAUUAUUAUUGCAAGCAAGAAUGUGAUCAUGAAAAGAAAACCUUACCUCGCUUAUGGAAAUACUGCGACCGGAAUCAUUUUUCAGACAAAGCAAAGCUGCCCGAGCCAUACAAUGAACCACCUUCAAAUCAUCUUCUUUGUCCGCCAAUCUUGGAUCCAUCAGUUGAGUGACUGAACUGCUUUCUAGAAGCGGCAGUGCCUUCAUUUAAGUAUAAAGAGAAUUAAUGUCAUCCGAAUACAUAGUCAGACGUUGGUAUAACCUCGUGAUAGACAAAUGUUAGUAUCUAACAUUCAUCUAAAUCCGGGUAACAUAGCUUAUAUUUGUUCGAUA